AUGGCCACUGUGAACAUGAACGCACCUUUGUGUGAGGGAGCUGAAACAGUGAGAGUGGGAGUUGUACUUACUGAAAAGCCAGACUGUGUAGUUAUUGAUGAAGAAGGACAUGGCGUGGACUACAAACCUGGAAAGGAUGAGGAAACAAAGUCCUUCUCCUUUGACCAAGUUGUGACUGUUGACAGCAUACAGAGUUUCCACCCUGAGCUCCUGCAGCCUCUCACUGGGUCAAUAUCCAGUGGUUAUAAUGGCGCGCUGCUGAUAUGUGGAGCCUCCUCAGAGAAGAUAAGCACUCUGAUUGACCACAGUAUCAUCAAACAGUUUUAUCCAGAUGGCAGUGCUGUGGAUCUCCUGAGCCCCAACACAGACAGACAAACUCUAAAACUUGUGGCACACGACAUCCUUGGAAAUCUCGUAGGAGGUUUAAGUGAGGUGUGUGUGUGUUCAGCAGAAGAAGCCUAUGUUCUUUAUGAAACAUGCAGCGAGAGACUGAAGGCCAAUGCAGACUCCAUUUCCAGCAGGUGUAGUUCCCUGUUCUCUGUCGCUGUUGAGCAGAAACUUCAUCCAGAAGAGGUGGAGUCGGAGGUCUGCCGCAGCAGACUGCAGCUGUUCAGACUGGCAGGAGGAGCCAGCCGGACUGACCUCAGAGGAGUCAGCCCACUGGUGAAGGUUGUGGAGCAAAGCCAAUGUGAAGCCACGACAAGUAACACGAUCCUCCCUUUCCUCCUAAAUGAUGCAUUAACUGGAAACAGCAGGACGGCCCUCAUCUACUGUAUCCACCCUCGAGGUCUUCUAGAUGACGAGACCCCCUCCGCUUUAGCUUUGGCUCAGAAAGCGAGAAAUUUGGUAACUACGGCCACUGUUAAUCGCUGGUGUCCAAGAGCAACUGAGCAAAAGAUCCGAGAUGACAUUGCGGAUCUAAGAACCGCGAUGAUGUCACAGGGGGAAAGUGAUGUUCACAACACCUUCAGGCUAGCAGAGCUGACCCAAAACCUGCAGACUGUGAAAAAUCAGUGUUGGGAGAAGAGAAGGGAAGUGUCAAAGAAGAUAAAAGGCAUAACACAGAGUUGUCGGACCCCAAAUAGCAGUUUGCACAGCAGUGAUCACAGAGAGGAUACAGGCACAAUGAAAUAUUUACAAGCCCAGCUGAAACAAGAAAUGGAAGAACAUAUCAGAGAAGGUAAAGGGAACGUGGAGAAAGUGCAGGAAAGAGUAGCAAGAAUCCAGCAGCUGAGAGAGGCUCUCAGAGAGGAGACACUGAAGAACGGGGCUGCUACUGAGAAAUCUGACCUCUGUCAACAAUCUCAGCUGGAAUACAGCAAAGCACAGGAGUGGAGGAGGCAACUUAAGGAGGACCACAGGAGAUUAAUUCAGGAGGAGGUGGAGAAGAUGGAGAGAGACUUGGCACAGGAACAGCUACCGACAGAAGGCCCCCAGAGAGAGCUGCUGGUGCUGACCAGAGAGAGGCGGGUCCUGGUGAUGCAGAUAGAGGCCCUGCGCGCUGAGGCCCAGCAGGCUGAGAGAGACCUGCAGAAUCAAUAUCAUAAACAUCAAACAGAGCUGCACUGUCUGAGAGAAGAGAGCCUGCAGGUGUUCAGAAUGUUUCGUCAGGUAAGUGAGGAGCAGAGGAGGAUGGCAGAGGGCAGAUACAGAUGUGUGCUGCUGGAGGCUGUGCAGGAUGCCGUCUACCUGUCUGCCCACAACCAGGAGCUGACAACUGACAACAAACAACUCCGUAAAGCAGUGGGAGAGUUAAAGGAUACUCUAGCUGUGCGAGGUGAUCCUACGGCUGAACUGUUAUCCCAACAAUAA